CAUAUACUUUUCAUUCACCAUCACUACAUUUCCAGAAAUGCUCUGUUUGUCCCGUUAUACGCCAUUUUCCAGUUGAUUUUUCCGCAAGCUCUCAAUUUCAUACUCUAAAUCUCAUUUUUACCGAAUUGAGUGGAUGGUUGCUGUUACUUCUCAGUAUCCAUUUGGUAUCUGCCCUCAAUUCCAUGGAAAUUCAAGGUUACUUUCCCCAGAAACGGACUUCUCUGCUCUCAAUUUUCCUUACAGACUGGGAUAUUCAAGAUUGACUCUUCACCCCAAGGGUCAUGUUGCUGAAAUACAUUCUUUGCCACAUGCCGGUGAUUUCACUGGUGAAAAUGAGCCAACACCAAUUCUUGAUGCAAUUGAAAGUCCCAUGAACCUAAAGAAUUUAUCAACUAAGGAACUGAAACAACUAGCUAAUGAAAUUCGAUCAGAAUUAUCUUUUAUCAUCGCAAAAUCUCAAAAACCUUCAAGUUCCAGUCUGACUGUUGUGGAGCUGACUGUUGCUAUUCACCAUGUAUUUCAUGCCCCUGUGGACAAAAUAUUGUGGGAUGUGGCUGAACAAACAUAUGCACAUAAACUUCUCACUGGAAGGAGGCAGAUUAUGCAAGCACUUGAAAACUCAAAAGGCCGGCCUGUGGCAGCGCCAGAUUUUGAGAGCGGAUAUGACCCCUUCGGAGUAGGGCAUGGAUGCAACAGUGUAUCUGCUGGACUUGGAAUGGCCAUUGCCCGAGAUUUUAAGGGGAAGCGUGAUCGUGUAGUGGCAGUGAUCAACAAUGAAACAAUUAUGGCCGGCCAAGUUUAUGAGGCAAUGCGCAAUUCAGGCUAUUUGGACUCAAAUAUGAUUGUGAUAUUAAAUGAUAGUCGGCAUUCUUUACACCCAAAGGUUGAGGAGGCCUCUAAAAUACCUAUUAAUGCUUUCUCAAGUACUCUCAGCAAACUUCAGUCAAGUAAACUUUUCCGGAGGUUUAGAGAACUUGCUAAGGUAUUAACUAAGAAAAUCGGGAAAGGCAUGUAUGAAUGGGCAGCCAAGGUUGAUGAGUAUGCACGUGGUAUGAUUGGCCCGCCAGGAUCAACCCUCUUUGAAGAGCUUGGCCUUUACUACAUUGGCCCUGUUGAUGGACACAAUAUUGAAGAUCUAGUAUGUGUUCUGAAUGAAGUGGCAUCUUUGGAUUCAAUGGGUCCUGUUUUAGUUCAUGUUAUAACCAAGGAAGAACUGGAAGUAGGAGACAAUCAAAUGAAUGCAGUUGCAAAUAAAAUUAUGGAAGGUGUAUCUAGCUCAGGCACUAUACCUUGUGGCAAUCGAACAUAUAGUGAUUGCUUUGUAGAGGCCUUGAUAUCAGAGGCAGAGAGACACAAAGAUAUUGUAGCUGUUCAUGCAGGCAUGGGAAUGGAGCCAUCACUUCACCUUCUGAAGGAUGUCUUUGCAGAGAAGUUCUUUGAUGUUGGGAUGGCCGAACAACAUGCGGUAACAUUUGCAGCUGGGUUGGCAUGUGGAGGGCUGAAGCCAUUCUGCAUAAUUCCUUCAGCUUUCCUCCAAAGAGCCUAUGACCAGGUCGUCCAUGAUGUAGAUCGUCAGAAGGUUCCCGUGCGUUUCAUCAUUACAAGUGCUGGAUUAGUAGGAUCUGAUGGUCCUAUACAUUGUGGGGCAUUUGAUAUAGCAUUUAUGUCCUGUUUGCCAAACAUGAUAGUGAUGGCUCCUUCUGAUGAAGUUGAGCUUUCUCAUAUGGUGGCAACUGCUGCCCUUAUUGAUGACAGGCCGGUUUGCUUCCGCUACCCUCGAGGUGCCCUUUCAGUGAUGGAACACUCAUUUAGUGGAAUUCCCAUUGAGGUUGGCAGAGGGAGAAUACUUACAGAGGGUAAAGAUGUUGCUUUACUUGGCUAUGGAUCCAUGGUACAAAAUUGUCUGAGAGCUCAAUCACUUCUUUCAAAGCUUGGUGUUGAAGUGACUGUCGCUGAUGCAAGAUUCUGCAAGCCCCUUGACAUACAACUUCUUAGGCAAUUAUGCAAGAACCAUUCCUUUCUAGUUACAGUCGAGGAAGGCUCUAUAGGAGGAUUUGCAUCACAUGUAGCACAGUUCCUCUCACUCGAUGGACAGCUCGAUGCAGGAAUUAAGUGGCGACCAAUCACUUUGCCUGACAACUAUAUCGAGCAAGCAUCACCAAAAGAGCAGCUUGCUGUUGCAGGACUGACUGGAAAUCACAUAGCUGCAACUGCACUGAGUCUGCUUGGCCGUACUCGAGAAGCUCUUCUUUUGAUGUGCUAAAUUCUAUUUAAUUGUUCUUGUAAAGUGUAAAUAUCUUAGGCCCUCCUAUACAUACUUAUGAAGUGUAGAAGUGGAAAAUACACAAGGUAG